UCUGGCGGCUCGGGGAUCGCGCUGUGGUUUCAGAUCUAGUUCCAGAAGGGAAGCCACGGCUCAAGGUCCGAGAGCCACCGCCUCCGCGCGUUUGCGGCGAAACCAGGCGCGGUCCGACGUCGCCGCUGUGGGCGCUCCUCUCCCUGGAGAACCUGCCUCGCGUCUCCGCCAUGGCAGCCACUUCACCCAACCUCCAGAAAGCCAUAGACCUUGCUAGCAAAGCAGCUCAAGAAGACAAGGCCGGGAACUACGAAGAAGCCCUGCAGCUCUACCAGCAUGCUGUGCAGUAUUUCCUCCACGUCAUUAAAUAUGAAGCCCAGGGAGAUAAAGCCAAGCAAAGCAUCAGAGCAAAGUGUACGGAGUAUCUGGACAGAGCAGAGACGCUGAAGGAGUACCUGAAGAAGAAAGAGAAGAAGCCUCAGAAGCCAGUGAAAGAAGGGCAGCCGAGUUCGGCUGAGGACAAGGGGAAUGACAGUGAUGGGGAAGGAGAAUCUGAUGAUCCAGAAAAAAAGAAACUGCAGAACCAGCUCCAAGGGGCCAUUGUGAUCGAGCGGCCGAAUGUGAAGUGGAACGAUGUAGCUGGUCUUGAAGGAGCCAAAGAAGCCCUCAAAGAGGCUGUGAUCCUGCCCAUCAAGUUCCCGCAUCUCUUCACGGGUAAGAGGACCCCUUGGAGGGGCAUCCUGCUCUUCGGACCGCCCGGCACAGGAAAGUCCUACUUAGCCAAAGCUGUCGCAACAGAAGCCAACAACUCCACGUUUUUCUCCAUAUCUUCCUCUGACCUGGUCUCCAAGUGGCUCGGUGAAAGUGAAAAGCUUGUUAAGAACUUAUUCCAGCUUGCGAGAGAGAACAAACCUUCCAUCAUCUUCAUCGAUGAGAUCGACUCGUUGUGUGGAUCAAGAAGUGAAAAUGAAAGUGAAGCCGCACGCAGAAUUAAGACUGAGUUCCUCGUUCAGAUGCAAGGCGUUGGUGUGGACAAUGACGGAAUUUUGGUCCUUGGAGCUACAAACAUCCCCUGGGUUCUGGAUUCUGCCAUAAGGCGAAGGUUUGAGAAGCGGAUUUACAUUCCUUUGCCUGAGGCCCAUGCACGAGCAGCCAUGUUCAAGCUGCACUUGGGGGCCACACAGAACAACAUGACAGAAACGGACUUCCGAGACCUGGGCAAGAAGACCGAUGGCUACUCGGGUGCAGAUAUAAGCAUCAUCGUGCGUGACGCACUCAUGCAGCCUGUGAGGAAAGUCCAGUCGGCCACUCACUUUAAAAAGGUUCAAGGACCAUCACGAGCCGAUCCCAACAGUGUAGUAGAUGACCUGCUGACACCCUGUUCCCCUGGCGAUCCUGGUGCCAUCGAGAUGACCUGGAUGGAUGUCCCCAGCGAUAAGCUUUUGGAGCCAGUUGUUUGCAUGUCGGAUAUGUUACGGUCGCUCUCUAGUACAAAACCCACAGUAAAUGAACAUGAUUUGUUGAAAUUAAAGAAGUUUACAGAAGAUUUUGGCCAAGAAGGCUAAACCAAAGACCAAGAGAAGGUUUACCAGAUGUAUUCUUUCUUUCGUAGAUAUUUUUACCUUUCUUGAAUGGCAUUCAGAUUAUUUCCAGGUUUAAAACUCUUCUGCCACAGGGAUAUAUACUGAUCCUCCUCUGGGGUCCCUGAUAUUUUAUAUUGUACUUUUCCUCUGUCACCUAUUAAAUGUUCCUCUUUGCAAAAUUCUACAAUAGUGAUGGGUUGUAAGGAAAUGAGUGCCACGUAACUGGUAAAUGAAUGCAAUGGCCCAGUAAAAAGCAGAUCAGAAUCGAUUGAGAGAGAAAUAUUUACAAUUUGUCUGAAUGGUGGUCUUUGCAUGGAAAGCAGUAACUUUUUUUUUUUUUUUAACUAAAGUGAAAUAAGACCUGUCUUUGUGGGGGAAGUCGUCCUCAACAUCAUUCUUCUCAUCAAACUAUCUGUGUUUACUUUAUUACAAACUUAAAAGUGACAGACUCUUCACUCUCAGGGGCGGGCAAGAGCUGGCAGAACACGCUGCGGGCCACGCUGGACUUGGAGGCUUCUGGUGGUUGCACGGCCGCUGCUCCUCCUGAUUUCCCAUAGGUCGGCCGUUUUCCGCAUGGGGACAGAAACCUUCUCCUUAAACGCAGCAAGGUUUUAUAUGUAACUAAACACAAUGCCUUUCACUGUGCAAUCUCAAGGGAGAGACUUUCGGAAUGCAGCAUUGUCUCCACCUCGAAGCAGAAAAUUGUCGAUGACAGUGUCUUUUUGUAGCAAGCCUGAUCACAACAGUUGGUAAAGACGUAUGUGAUUUUUGUAAACAACUCUGUCAUGAAUUACUGUAAUAGGAGGCUUUGCUAAUGGAAUGGCCUCCCUUGGAUUAUGGGCCGUUUCUUGUAUAUGAUGGGGUGUGUAUUUGUGUCUGCACGUGUGUAUAUGGAAUGCACACGUAUAGAUUUUUUUAAAUAUGGGAAAGAGUCUUGUCUAUGACCUUUUAAGUUCAGGGAACAGCUCUCCCUGGCCACACAGAUAUAACAGUGUGAUGCUUUAUGAAACUUUGGAAAUGAGCCUGUGUCUCAUUAAAUAAUAAAGUAUACACAUGGUAUUUUGUUAUUGUAAUACCUUCAAAUAAAUCAUCUGAAGAUGGGUGUUGCAACAAUUUAGCCCCGACACUAAAUUGUGCCUUGUACAUUUGCAUUGGCGAUACAUGCAAACGAUUAUUGGUAGCGAGGGCGAGGUAGAUUCCUGACUUAACACAAAGUUCUACCUUGCAAAUGCUAUGGAAUAACUUACAUUUUAAAGAAUAUUUGCACAUUUUACAUAUUAUGCUAUUUGGUUGCCUUUGGUUUUCUGUACAGAUUUUCUGGUUAAGUUGGAAUCAUAGGCCUGAGAUGCACUGUCCUUAUGUGAAAUAUAUUGGUAUCACCUACUGUG